UCCUGGCCAGCACGCGGCGGCGCCCCCUCCCCUCGCGCCGCGGGCCUCCCCGCGCCGUGCACGUCCCCGUCCCGCGCCUCCGCCUCCUCCCUCACUCGCUUCUUCCCGCCCUCCCCGUAGCGCCGGCCGAGCCGGCUUCCCCUCCGUCUCUCAUGAAUAUUGAGCGGCCCCUGUUGUAUUUCCCGAGCUCCAUUGCGGAAGCCGAGGCUCGCCAUAUUGUGCGGCGGCGCCGGCGGCCGCGGCGGCUGAUACCUGAGUCUCGCUCCGGCCGCGGCCAGCGGAGCCCCGGGCUGGGGUAGGAGCCGCAAUGUCUCAGGCUGUGCAGACAAAUGGAACUCAACCAUUAAGCAAAACAUGGGAACUCAGUUUAUAUGAAUUACAACGAACACCUCAGGAGGCAAUAACAGAUGGCUUGGAGAUUGUGGUUUCACCUAGAAGUCUACACAGUGAAUUAAUGUGCCCAAUUUGUUUGGAUAUGUUGAAGAACACCAUGACUACAAAGGAGUGUUUGCAUCGUUUUUGUGCAGAUUGUAUUAUCACAGCCCUUAGAAGUGGGUAUGUUGAAAUAAGUUAUACUGUGUACUUAAAUUGUACCAUGACAGGGCUCUCUGGAGUUGGAGAAAUGUAUUCYGACCAAAAGAGAGUAUUAGCCAGGAUCAACAAGCACAAUAAUCAACAGGCACUCAGUCACAGCAUUGAGGAAGGACUGAAGAUACAGGCCAUGAACAGAUUACAGCGAGGCAAGAAACAGCAGAUUGAAAAUGGCAGUGGAGCAGAAGAUAAUGGUGACAGUUCACAUUGUAGUAAUGCAUCCACACAUAGCAAUCAGGAAGCAGGCCCUAGUAACAAACGGACCAAAACAUCUGAUGAUUCUGGGCUUGAACUUGAUAAUAACAAUGCAACAGUGGCAAUUGAUCCAGUAAUAGAUGGUGCUAGUGAAAUUGAAUUAGUAUUCAGGCCUCAUCCCACACUUAUGGAAAAAGAUGACAGUGCACAGACAAGAUAUAUAAAGACUUCAGGUAAUGCCACUGUUGAUCACUUAUCCAAGUAUCUGGCUGUGAGAUUAGCUUUAGAAGAACUUCGAAGCAAG